AUGCGUUGCUGGCAUCGACGCAACGCCCCCUCUCUAUCUUCGCUUGAUGACUACUGCUGGAGCCGCUGCGCGGAUGGAGCCACUAGCCAGCUCCAGGCACUGAUUAAUGAUCGCAGUGUAGCGAGGGAGGACAGGAAGAGGCACAGUACUGGCGAUGCUUGGCAGUGGCAGCGGCUGGACUGGGAGGGAGAACAAGGGUACGAAGUAACGUGGGUUCCUCAGCAACAGGAAUUUCCGUCAGCAUACGACCAUUGUCGAGUGCUUUGGAAACAUGUUACUUCCAUGCCAUCGGUGCACGGAAGCAGGUCGACGGCUUGAUGAGCGUAAGAGCCUCCGGGCAGGGCAACGGGGGAGGAGCCACGAAUGCCAACAUGGCCAUGAGCCUUCCGGGAGAGGCGAGAAAACGAAGAUGAACCAAGCUUCAAGCCCAGCUACAACGGACCAAGAGCAUCGUGUUCCGCUGGGGGGCAUCCCGCGGACGCUGUCGGAGGUGCGACGGCUGCAGUUUCGACAAGGCCCUCGGCACGACCACGGUGCCCGCGAGAGGCAACCCAGGGUCCCGGCCGCCUCUCGGGAUGCAGCCGAGGAGGAGAGGGCGUCGGUCCGGCAGAUGUGCUCCGAUCUGAGGAGAGACAUGUCGGCCUGAGUCGGCGGUGGUAGCGAGGCUACUCCUUCCCCUUCGACCUCGUGCGCCAGAGGCAGCGGCGGGGAAGGAGGUGGCAGCGGCGGACUUGCUGGUGCUGCUCACGGCAGGGACGAACGGCGUUAGCGGCAAGCGGCGGUAGGGCUCAUCGUCCACCUGGAGCGAGCGAGGGGAAGCGGCGACCGAGCCUUCGCGACGAGCGAGCCGCUGCUGAUACACGACUACGAGCGCGUGGUAGUUUCGCCCAUCGGUGGCAGCGGCGGGAGUGGCGCUUUCGG